UGAUUGGCAUAUUCUUGGGACUCAUUCUCUCACACUUGCCAGUCAUGUUCUUGAUAUUCAAGAUGAAGGAGCAAAGGAAAAAGGAAGCUACUUUUCUUCAUUCAGUCUUGAAGCUAGCCUUUCAACAUACAAAAUGGCAAAAGGUUCAGCUUUAGCAUCCAUCCAAAUUUCCCUUGUGCUAUUACUAGCAAUCUUUGUUUGUUCAGAAGCUAAUCGUCUUGACCCUUACUAUUGCUGCCGUGGAAAGGAAACAAAUAUUACUGUGUACCUUCAAGUGUUUACGGGCGGACCAAAUACCACCAGUGUUGCAGUUGCCGGCGCCCCUGGUAAGCCGAGAACUCCCUCCAAUUUUGGAACCAUUAUUGUUAAUGAUUUUAACAUAACACAAGGCAUCAGCAACAAUUCUCCAACUAUUGGUCGGGCCCAAGGCAUUGAGAUAGCUUCAUCCCGUGAUGGAUCAAGAUCACUGGGCAUAUUUUCCCUCAUUUUCUCCAACUUCAAAUACAACGGUAGCACAUUGGAAUUCCAAGGAGCAGGAUAUAACUUACAAGUUGGUAGUCCGGCGAGAGAAGAUCCAAUAGUUGGUGGCACCAAAACGUUUAGGUUUGCUCGGGGAUAUGCAUUUUUUCAGACAGUUCUACGAAGGCCGGCACGGAAUAAUACGGUUAUAAGGGGCGAUAUUACCGUAAUCUCAUGCCCAGGAGGAGGGAAAUUUUGAAUAAUAAAGGAAAAACUAAUAAUAAGGAAAGCCAAUUACAGGCCAUAUACGUACUUGGUGAUUUAUGUUUCUUAUGACCUACUUGUUCACUCGACUAUCUUACUAAGAAAUCCAUCAAGGAGGAUGGGAAAAAAUAACUAAUAAAAGAAAAAUAAUAAAUAAGAAAACAAAGUAUAGAUUUUUAUCGUUAUUGUGGUCUUAGGUGUACUUGGUAAUCAAUGUAUGACGUUUCUUCAUGCACUUCUUGUUUCGUCAAUAUGUCCAUCUAAAUAAAAACACUAUUGGUGUUCUUCAAUUACACUUGGCUUCGCAUUACGUAAGCUUGUGAA